AUGGGUGCUGAGGAGGAGGUGCUGGUCACACUAUCAGGGGGAGCCCCUUGGGGCUUCCGACUUCAGGGUGGGGCCGAGCAGAGGAAACCCUUACAGGUGUCCAAGAUCCGCAGACGAAGCCAGGCUGGCAGAGCAGGACUCCGGGAGAGGGACCAGCUUGUGGCAGUGAAUGGGGUCUCCUGCACCAGCCUCUCUCACGCCAGUGCCAUGCAUCUUAUUGAUGCCUCGGGGAACCAGCUUGUCCUCACUGUGCGGCGGGCAGCAGAGGAGGGACCCGUGCGAUCUCCAUCCCCGGGGGAGCUCCAGGUGCUGUCUCCUUUAUCCCCACUGAGUCCUGAGCCCCCUGGCGCUCCUGUCUCCCAGCCUCUUCAGCCUGGGAGCCUCCGCUCACCCCCUGACAGUGAAGCUUACUAUGGAGAGACAGAUAGCGACAUUGAUGGCCCUGCCACCCAGGAGAAGCCUCGCCGCCCCCGGCGCCGUGGCCCCACAAGACCCACCCCUCCAGGAGCCCCACCUGAUGAAGUCUACCUGUCGGACAGUCCUGCAGAGCCUGCACCUGCCACUCCCAGGCCUCCUAGCCAGGGCGGUGACAGCCGUGUGAGCUCCCCAUCUUGGGAGGAGGGGGUGGUUCUCCAGCCACCCCCAGCUGAAGCCCUACUGUUACCCCAUGGUCCCCUCCGGCCCGGCCCUCAUCUCAUCCCCAUGGUGGGGCCUGUUCCCCAUCCAGUGGCAGAAGAUCUUACUACCACCUACACCCAGAAGGCCAAGCAAGCCAAGCUUCAACGGGCAGAGAGUCUUCAGGAGAAGAGUGUGAAGGAGGCCAAGACCAAAUGCCGGACCAUCGCCUCCCUGCUGACCGCAGCCCCCAACCCCCACUCCAAGGGGGUGCUUAUGUUUAAGAAACGGCGGCAGCGAGCCAAGAAGUACACUCUAGUGAGCUUCGGGGCCGCGGCUGGGACCGGAACUGGGGAGGAGGAGGACGGGGUCCCCCCAACCAGUGAGUCUGAGCUGGACGACGAGGCCUUCUCCGACGCCCGCAGCCUCACCAAUCAGUCGGACUGGGACAGUCCCUAUCUGGACAUGGAGUUGGCCAGGGUGGGUUCCAGCGCGGCCGAGAGCCAGGUCCCCGGGCUGACUGACGUCUCCGGACGAGGGGUUCAGCUCUUUGAACAGCAGCGCCAGCGUGCUGCCUCCAGUACCCAGGAGCCUGCUCACGGUGGCCCAGCGGCCUUGUUCAAUGGGCAGGGUCUGCAGUCGCCGCCUCCCCCUCGGGCCCAGAGUGCUCCCCCGGAGGCAGCCGUGCCCCCGCCCAGCCCUCUGCCAGCCCCCCUCAGCAGCCCCAGCCCCUACCCCGCGGGGGGUGUGGCGCCCUCCACCCCGGCCACCGGGGUCUUCAACCGGUCAGCCAGGCCCUUUACCCCGGGCUUCCAAGGGCAGCGGCCAGGUACUACCUCGGUCAUUUUCCGUCCCUUGGCACCCAAGAGGGCGAGUGAAAGCCAGAGAGGCCCGAGCCCCGCCCCACCCCCCUUCUUGUCCCCUCCGCCCAUCUUCACCACGGUGGAUCCCAGCCCCGCCGCCGCCUCCGUGCCGGCCUCUGGCUCCCCCAGUACCCCACGCUCCUCGGGUCCUGUGACUGCCACCAGCUCCCUCUACAUCCCAGCUCCCAGUCGGCCUGUCACCCCAGGUGGAGCUCCAGAGCCUCCCGUCGCCCCCAGCGCAGCUGCCAUGACCUCCACCGCUUCUAUCUUCCUAUCGGCGCCUCUGCGAUCCUCGGCGCGUCCAGAGGCGCCGGCCGCCGGCCCCGGGACCCCCGGGACCCCCGGGGCCCCCAGCAGCCGGGAGCAGCGCAUCUCUGUGCCGGCUGCCCGCACCGGCAUCCUGCAGGAGGCUCGGCGCCGCGGGACGCGGAAACAGAUGUUCCGACAGGGGAAGGAGGAGACCAAGAACUCGCCCAACCCCGAGCUUCUCUCGCUGGUGCAGAAUCUGGAUGAGAAACCUCGGGCUGGGGGUGCGGAAUCGGGUCCUGAAGACGACGCGCUGAGCCUCGGCGCCGAAGCUUGCAACUUCAUGCAGCCGCCAGGGGGCAGGAGUUACAAGACCGUGCCCGCUCCCAAGACCCCGCCUCCAAUGGCUCCCAAGACCCCGCCCCCUGCGGCUCCUAAGACUCCACCUCCUGUGGCCCCCAAGCCCUCGGCUCGAGGGCUCCUGGAUGGGCUGGUGAACGGGGCGGCCUCUUCAGCUGGAAUCUCUGAGCCACCAAGGCUGCAGGGCAGGGGUGGGGAGCUGUUUGCCAAGCGGCAGAGCCGUGCGGACAGGUAUGUGGUGGAAGCUACACCUGCUGCUGGCUUAGGCCUUGGUCCUGGCCCUCGACCCCGAAGCCCUUCUCCUACCCCUUCACUGCCCCCUUCCUGGAAGUAUUCACCCAACAUCCGAGCCCCGCCUCCUAUUGCUUACAACCCACUGCUCUCACCCUUUUUCCCGCAGGCUGCCCGAACUCCCACCAGUAAGGCCCAAACACAGGGGCCGCGGGCAACCCCCAAACAGGGCAUCAAGGCUCUGGAUUUCAUGCGGCAUCAGCCUUACCAGCUUAAAACUGCCAUGUUCUGUUUUGAUGAGGUUCCCCCAACCCCUGGCACCACCUCAGGACAGCCCAAAACGGCCCGGGUCCAGGAGAUCCGCAGAUUUUCAACACCGGCACCCCAGCCCACUGCAGAGCCGCUGGCCCCUACGGUGCUUCCCCCGCGAGCGGCCACGACCCUGGAUGAGCCCAUCUGGAGGGCAGAGCUGGCCGCAGCCCCUGUAGCCAGCCCUGUCAUUUCUCCAGAAUCUCCUCGGGGUCUGGGGUCCUCCCCCAGCUCCUGUGGUUUCCAGGUAGCCAGGCCUCGGUUCUCAGCUACCAGGACAGGAUUGCAGGCUCACGUGUGGAGGCCUGGGGCAGGGCACCAGUGA